AUGGAAGAAGGGAACGGGGUGCCUGAUUGUAGUGAGCUUGCAGACCUGGAGAAGACAGCAGAAAGCAAAUCUGAACUUUUCACUACAUGUUCUGGGAAAACCCUUUCUGGAUUUACAACUGAACUUGAAUCUACAGCUUCCAAAGAAGAAACAGUGCUUAAAGCAUCUCAGCCUUUGCACGCCAAGAUAAAUACUGAUGCUAACACCUGGCACGAGAGGAAUGAUAAUGAAUGUAACGACGACUCAGAAAAUCAGCGCGACAUGAAUAGUACCAGUGGCCAAGCUGACCCAAUGUCUGGCAGGCAAGCUGACCUGGAACUGGAGUUAGUGGAACAAAAAGAAUCACUUCACGAUUUAAGGUCUGUACAGACUUCUUUGUCUGAAUCUGACAAUGAUGACAAGGAUGCUAUCCUCGUGCAAGGUACUUUGGUUCAUACAACAAGCGACACGGAAUCAGAGGCGGAGAGUAAGGAUGUAGAAACUGAUGAAAACAAUGCACGCGACUCUGGACUAAAUAAUGCUGCUUUGUCUGCUGGGGCUCUGGACGAUAACAAUCAAAAUAAGGAAGAGUCAGAAUCAGAAGGGCGCAGCAGCAGUGAUGACACUGUGCAUACAGAUGACAUUGAGUUACACCCACCAACUUCUGAGCAGCUCCCAAAAGAGCCGGAUGGUGUUCUGGAACAUGACUCCUGUGGAAAAGACAAAAUAUUAAUGGAUAAGCAGGACAGUCACUUGCUUGCUACAGCGGAAUGCCCUCAAGAACGUCCAGUUGAAGAACAGAGACCUUCAGCUGAUAAUAUAUCGCCCCAAAAAACAGCACUGGCUGAAAAGACUUUCCAGCUGCCCGCUUUCUUUAGUGGACUACGUGUAAGGAAAAAGGGACUAACCACAGAGGAUGGGGAAACUGUUACAGAAAUUAAACCAAAGGAAAAUGAUUUAGCUCUGCUUAAAUUACGACAGCCUGUUAAAAAGUCCUGUAUUACGUCAGGUUUGAACACUAAAAAAAAAUCAGCUGAACCAAAAACAAGUCCUACUUUCCUGGAACAACUCUCACACUUGUUAAACAUAGACGUCUCUAAGAAUGAAGACAAAACCGAGGACUCUGGUGAGGGAUCUGGGGAUACUGAGGGCAGUGAUGAAGCUCCAGAGAACAAAGCCUCUGGCAAAACAGAACCACGAUUUCCCUCUGAGGAAAUAAAAUCAAGCCCUGCUGAAUCUGCAUUAGAUGUCUUUAAAGCUUUAUUCACACGGCCUCCCAAAAAAGAAACAACUGCAGAUACUUCGGAGCUGGAAGCCCUAAAACGCAAAAUGAGACAUGAAAAAGAGUCUCUGAAAGCUGUAUUUGAAAGGUCAAAAUCAAAGCCUGGGGAUGGACCAGCAGAAAAAUCUCCUGACCUGAGUCCCUCAGAGCAAGAUGACAAGACUCCAGGGAGACUCCAGACUGUCUGGCCACCACCAAAAGCACAGCAUGAAGAAGUAAAAGUAGGAUUAAAGUACACAGAAGCAG